UAUUUAUAUGUCCUUCCCUCCCUAAGCUAGACUCCAUUCUCUUUCUAUCCCUCUCUAACACAAUUUUAAAAGAGAAUCAAAAGCUCAGUUUAGCAGAAUUUAUGGAUAACCAGAACAAUGCUCUUCUUGGCUGGCCUUACUAUUCUCAUGGAAAGACUACAGAGGAGCUAAGACACUCUCUUUUGUGCACAACACUAGAUCUUGAACAAACAAAGAUGUUUGCUCAUGAGGAAAUAAGGAAAAGAGAUGAACAAUUGAUCCAUCUCAGAGACAUCCUAACCAAAACCAUCAAAGAAAGAGACGAGGCUCUCGAGAAAUGCCAACGUCUCAUGUUGGAUAACAACUCGCUUCAACACCAGCAGCAAAAGGAUAUGACUCCUCCUUUAUCAGGAGCUUCAAGCAUUGAAGAUGAAACAUUGCAGCCUCAACAAGUAGCAUCCAACAAGGGUUUCUCGUCCUCGGAUUGCGAAGAAAGCUUUAUGUCAGCCAAUGAUCAUGUCAUGAACCCACACUCAUCUCAGCUUGAAAAUGUCUCAGGAAAUGAGACUAUGGAUCCUUUGUUUAUAGAGAAGCCAUUGCCUGAAAAGGGUAAACUCUUACAAGCUGUUAUGAAGGCAGGGCCAUUGCUUCAGACACUACUCUUAGCCGGUCCAUUACCUCAAUGGCAACACCCACCACCGCUUCUCAAGACUUUCGAGAUCCCUCCAGUCACCAUCCAAUGUCCAAAUGUCAACAAUGGCUGUGGAAAAUUCAACAGGAAGAGAGUAUUCUCAGAUGAGUCGUUUUCAAAAACUAAGUAUCAGAAACUUCUUCUCCACUAACCAACACAGUUCUGGCCGCUGGUUUUGAUUCUUACUCAAGUAGUACUAUUAGUCAUCUAAUAUACCAUCACAUAGGUCAGUUUCAGGGUUAAUCUCACUUAGGGGUCAAGUGAGAGUGGUCUUUUGUACAUUAGGGCUUUUGAUUAUGCUCCAUUGUGAGGGGACAGAGUCUGAUCCAUUUAGGGUUUAGAUUUAGAGUGAUGGGAAAGAAAGACCACAAAAAAAACUCCCCUGGUUUUAUUUUAAUACUAUGUGAGAGUUUGCUAUUUCACUUUAUUUCUAUAGGGAUGCUUGCUGUUUUUUUUGGUUUGGGUUUUGUAUCUCGAAUGUUUUGGCUCCAUAAUGCGUUGAGUUAGGGUUUGUUUUUUUCCUUCUUCUUAUGUUCAAGAUUUUUCCAUCUACCACCAGCUGGGGGUGUAUAUCAUGUUGUAUCUAAAGCUCAAGACUUAAGCUUCACUGAUUUUUCUUCUUCUAAAUGUGAUGUUAUGUUCCUGGCUUCAUAGUGUAAUGUUAUGUUCCUGGCUUCAUAGUGUAAUUAGUUAUAUUAAAGAUGUUUUAUUUUUUGUCGCCUUCA